GGGCGAGGUGACUGAACGGCGAACGGCUGGAUAAGGCAGGUCGCGGUAUAAUAACAGACAGUCAGCCUUACAUGGGCUAGGUACUACUAGGUAGGAAGCAUUGAGGCUCAAAGCAACAAUGACCCCGUUUCCAUCGACCGAAGUUCUUCGACAUACGUGAACGAACAGUCCAGGGCCUCAUCGCUAGACCAACGGGAUGAGGGUUAGGUGAAUGUCCGUAGAUGUUCGUACUUUUAAUGAGGGUAUUCCGUCGAAGUUCAAUAUCGGAAGCACGUUACAUCCUCUACUGUACGAUGCGAUCUACUGAUAGAAUACGCUACCACUUCUGCCGGAUUUCGUAGCCAUGUCGUCAAAGGAAUUUCUUGGAGAUGCAAUCAAGACUCUAACUAGAAGAGUUAGCUCUCUUUCCUUGGCAUCAAAGAAGGGUCGGCAUGAUCCUCACGAGAAUAACGAUGCAUUUCAACAACCCUCAACGCAAGCCCAAGACUCGGGAAAUCCAUCAGUAAGUCGGGUUUCUUCAGCCACAGCUGUUGCCAGUGAUAACGGCGACCCAACGGCCUUGCCAAGGAAACCGACAUCAACGUCCGCCGACUGGGUUGAUGUCGUUGAGAUAGCUCCAGCAACGUCUACAACAUUUCCUGACCCGGCGGAGCCAGUACUCCCGGUCACUGAUACCCAAAUCCUCGAUGCUGCGACUGCAUGCUUUCCUCCUGUCCCAGAAAAUGCAGAUCUUCCCCCUCUCCCCAAGCCGGUUCUAAUCCCCCGCUUAGAACCAGGGAGCUCGGUCCCGUUCGCGCGUGCUUGGCCAGUGAGGCUCGCUGACCAUGCCAUCACGCAAGAGGACUUUGUGGCGUUCAUUGACAACUUCAAUAUCGUCAUCGCCCCAAAUGUCGCAAUUCAAGUGUUGGGUUUCACGGGGGCUGUUGUCGGCCUAGUUCCCUACGAUGUAGCCGAGGGUGUUGGCGGUGCCCUCGAAGCUAUCGCCAUCUUAAGCGCAAUUGCUUUGAACUACAAGCGUAUCAGGGACUAUCUAUCCCGCAUGAAUGAAACGUACUUUCAUCCGCGCAAGCUACAUGUCAAAGUUAUCAACACGAAACGGCUCAAGACAAUACUUAAGCUUGAAAAAAAGGAUCCGCUCCUUGCGCCGCUCACUGAGGACACUUUGGAGCUUUCAUCCCAAGAAAGAUGUCUCAAGUAUCUAUCCCAGCACAGCUGCGAGCUAUCCUUCGAUGUGCCAGCUCCAAGUCCCGCAACGACCACGCUUGCCAAGAUUACAGCAUGGCAAAUCAGGCAGAAGGCCCGGAAGGCAGACAAAACAGCCAAAGCAGCUCGCAAGCGGACUUGGAAGAGACAUCAAAAAGGGAAGAAGCUCCAGGGCCGCUGGGAAAGCUACGGAGAAAAGUCUAGGGUCAAAUCCCUGGACUGGCUACUGGUGCAAAAUCUCGAGGAAUGGGAGGCGCGGAAAGCUGAAAAGGAGGCAAAGAAAAAGGAAAGGAAGAAGGAGGAAAAGGGAGGAGUUGCAGAGCAAUCACCAGCGCCGGCAGCAAUCUAAUUUUACACAACACUCAGGUCGUUUCUGUAUAACGUUUCCAUCUUGUUGUCGGUUGGCUGUCCGACGUUCAGUUCACGGCAUCCCACCAGGCUUGGACCUUGUCACGCUCGAUCAGAUAAACAAUGUUCGAUACUCCCUUUUAUCACGAACUACAGCGAUUGGGACUGUUCGUCUUCAGAUUUGAAGUUUGUGUAGAUGUCUCGGGUGCAAGGUUCUCAGUUUUCGAGAUCCUCAGCCCGCAAAUUUCAUCAGCAAACGAAAAUGCAAGGGGUAUCUACGGGAUCGGUUCACGACUUCG